ACAUACAUUUUUAUAUAACCCUGAUUCGUUGCGUUCGGCACAUCCAAUUUUACUUCUUGGUCUUUCGGCGUUAAAAUUCUAGUGUUUGAAAAUGCAAGUCCAAAGGGCCCACAAACUUUUGCAAUCCAUCCUCACCAAAAGGGUGCCGAAGAGGAAUGCCCACCACUAUGAAGGUCCUCCAAUGACCACCUAUAACGACUUGCCAAUCCCACAGGGCAGCUGGCAAACCCAUCAUGAUGCCAUGCAAAGGAAGUACAAUGCCCAUUUGGCUAUGGGUAUUGGCUUUGCCAUUGUCACCUUUGCUGUGGCCCAAAUGGGUGGAUUCUUCUACUUCAACUACAAUGAGCCUAAAGUAGCCAAGGCCAAGAACGAUUACAAGUAAUUUGUAUAACUUGUACAGUAAACAAAAACGCCCUAGUGAAAUCAAUAUAUAUGUAAAACUAGUUUAAUAAAUAUCGUUAUUUAAAUUCCAA